AUGUCCAUACUCUUGUUGAGGCAAGAACCAGUCAUCGAACCGAAUUACCAAGAAUCUGACUACCUCAGCACGAGGGAAACAGAUAAUCGGUCGUGCUUCGUUGGAUUAAAAGAGUGCGGGACCUUUGAAGGGAUAGUAAGUCAGUCUUACAACGGAAGUACCAUCAAUAGAGCCUGCGGACAAGCAAGGGAGGACGGGGACUCUUGGCGCGAGAAGGCGAGGACGGCUUGGUGUGGCAUGCUCGGAGUUGACCAAUCGGAAUGUAGCUUUGGAAGGGAAUCAAAGGCUGUUAAGUGGCGUUAUCUGCCAAGCAGUACUCCCAUCGGUAUCGUAAUAUAG